ACACGGAAUACUAGCGGUGAAGGACACUCAUAAGUCUGGCGUGGUACGGUCGAUGUGCUGUAAAGAUGGAAUGUUGUUUAUCAUUUUCUCUAGGGGGAAGACACACUUAAAGUUGUACUUUUAGACUGUAUUAUUGGCACGUUUAACUCUUUUAUUGGCACGUUUAAUUAACUGUUUUAUCGGCUUCUCUCAGUUCGUAAUAGCAACUUCAGCUUCCGGAUUGUACCUUAUACUGUUUGUAUAUUGUUUGCAAUACCAGGAUUUUAUUUGAUUUGGAUAUAUAUAUUUUUCCAAGACUUCCUUGCUGUUCAGCAUGGUGUUCUUCACAUGUGACGCCUGUGGGGAAUCCCUGAAAAAAGGCCAGGUGGAAAAACACGUGACCAUGUGCCGUGGUUGCCAGGUCCUAUCGUGCAUCGACUGUGGAAAAGACUUCUGGGGCGAUGACUACAAAAAUCACGUCAAAUGCAUCAGUGAAGAUGAAAAAUAUGGCGGUAAAGGCUAUGAAGCAAAAGCCAAGAAAGGGGAUGUGAAGCAGCAUCAGUGGAUGCAGAAAGUUAAUGAAGCCCUUGAUAAGCCUGGAGUCAAGCCAAAUCUGAAAGAAGUACUCAAGCAAGUCAGCGCAUACGACAAUGUCCCAAGAAAAAAGGCAAAGUUUCAGAACUGGAUGAAAAACAGUUUGAGGAUUUGCAACACCAAACUACACGAACAAGUGUGGGACAUUCUCAAUGCCCCUGAUGUACCUCAGAAGAAUGAAGAACCAACGGAGACGACCACUCAAGUCCUAGUAAACGGCGAUGCUAACGAGAAACUGAAUGGCCACUUGAACACAAAGAAACAGAAACUUAACAAAAAAGAGCGCAAAGAAUUGCGUCAACAGGAAAGCGGGAAAGGUUCAAAAAAGAAAGUGCAGCUUGAAGACGAGGAGGAGGCGAGCAAAAAGAAAAGAAAGGAGAGGAAGAGAGUGAGGACUUGUGAAGAGGAUGGAAAUGAUGCUUCUCAUCAAAUGUACAGCAAGAAAGUGAAAAGCAAUUUCAAAUGGAAAGAAACCAUCAAAGCAGUAUUGAAGACUUCGCCCGACCAGGAAUUGCCAGUGAAGAAACUCAGGAAAAAGGUUCUGGCUGCGUACUUCACAGUCUCUGGUGACGGAAAUGUCAAAACAAAGGAGGAGGUCCUUGCACUUUUUAACAAGAAGAUCAACAAUAACCCCAAGUUUCGAGUUUUGAAAGACAGAGUUAGUCUUAAAACAUAAACCUGCAUGUCACAGCUAUUUGGAAGAAAAUGUGUGUAAACUCAAGUUUUUUUACAUUUUACUUACUGUACUUCCUCUUUUUUAUUUUUAUUUUUUUAUUUUUUUAAAAGUACUUACUGUACUUAUGGCCAAAAUAAUAACCACAAUUAUUAGUUGUCAUGUAAAAUAUGCCACUGUUGGAAAUGUACUUCCAGAGGUGGGUCAUCAUGUUUGUACCAGUUUUUUGUUCACUAUUAGUUACAACAUUUCAGCUUUUUCUCAUUACGUAACCCGUAGCUCUAUCUAAUUUUGCUUCGGGGUUUUCUGGAGUCAGGACCAUAAUAAAAACGACAUUUUGGAUUGAGUA